UUUGGGGAGGAUGGUCAUGCACUAUCACUGAUUAGAUCUUACCUGAGCUGCAGACAGCAGUUUGUGAAGCUGGGAAACCAUACUUCCUCUACCUGCUCGAUCGACACUGGAGUUCCUCAGGGUUCCGUCCAUCCUUGGUCCAAUCUUGUUCACUACCUAUGUGUCUCCUGUCAGCGACAUUUUUAA